AUGGCUGCUGUUCCUCCCCAAUCGCCGCCGCAUCGAAAGACUAGUUUGUCCUCGGACGAGAAGAUCGCGGCUAUUUCGUCGUCUUUUGACCUCAAAUCAAAAUGCCUCCUUUUCUUUGGCGUAUUUCUUGUUGCGUAUGCUUACGGACUCGAUGGUCAAACGCGUUACACAUACCAGACCUACGCGACUAACGACUAUGCCCAGCAUUCACUCUUGGGCACGUUCAAUACUGUCCGCGCCAUCUGCGGCGCCGCUAUCCAGCCUCCUUAUGCGCGCGUCGCCGAUCGUUUUGGUCGUUUAGAGCUCAUCUUGUUCGCUACGACCUUUUACGUCUUUGGUACGAUCCUCGUCGCAGCUUCCAAUGGCGUACGGAUGUUCGUGACUGGCCAGUUGUUCUACCAAAUUGGGUACACGGGGCUUAUGCUCCUCAUCGAAGUCCUGAUUGCAGACCUUACCGGUUUGAAGGACCGCGUUCUUUUCUCAUAUAUCCCUGCGCUACCAUUCAUUAUCAAUACAUGGGUAUCCGGCGACCUCGCUUCCGCGGUCCUCCUCCAUGCCGGUUGGAGAUGGGGUAUUGGGAUGUGGUGCAUCAUUCUUCCUGUAUGCGCUGCUCCUGUCGCUGGUUCGGUCAUAUAUGCUCGUUAUCGCGCCAAGCGCGAAGGGAAGCUCGUUCCCAAGUCGGUACCAAAUAAACGCAGCUUCGUCGAAUCUUUUAUCGAGUUGACCUGGGAACUUGAUGUCAUCGGCAUGAUUUUGCUCGCUGCUAUGCUCUCUCUUGUUCUUCUCCCGCUUACCCUCGCUGCUGGUACCAAGGAUACAUGGAAGAGUGCGCAUAUUAUUGUUAUGCUCGUUAUCGGCGUCGUGGUUUGCGUUCCUGCGUUCUUUAUUUGGGAGAUCAAGUUUGCCAAGUACCCUGCUGUUCCCUUUGACCAGUUCACCAACCGUACGAUCCUCGCGGGUAUGAUCGUCGCUGUUGGCCUUAACAUGUCAUGGUACCUCCAGGGCGAUUUUCUCUACACUGUACUGGCCGUAUCAUUCGACGAGAGCGUGGUCUCGGCUACUCGCAUUACUUCGCUCUACUCCUUUACCUCUGUGUUACCAUUUGUCGUUGCCGGCACACUCAUUUUCAUCCUUGCCAUGGGCCUCCUGAUCAAGUUCCGCGACGGUAGUGCAGGAACGCCGGGAAUGAUUGGUGCUCAAAUAGUGCUCGGUUUCGGCGGUGGUUUGUUCCCUUACCCCACCCAGGCGCUCGUCCAGGCUGCUUCAAGCCACGAACAAAUGGCGACCAUGACCGCGCUGUACCUUUCGUUCUAUCAGAUCGGGUCGGCGUUGGGUAAUGCGAUCUCUACCGCUAUCUGGACCCAAACACUUCCCAAGAAACUGGCGCAGCGCUUGGGCGAUGCGACGGCUGCUGCUAGCGUCUAUGCAUCUCCUCUCACCUAUAUCGCCUCCCACCCGGUCGGGACACCUGAGAGAACUGCAGUGAUCGCCGCGUACAGUGAUGUUCAGAGAUACUUGGCCAUCACAGGUCUCUGUCUUUCGCUUAUUGUGUUUGUUGCUUCUCUGUUCUUGAGGAACUACAAGGUCGAUGAGAGGCAGAGUUUGUCCGAGGAGGAGAGGUUGGGCCACAAGGCUCCUGAAAAUACGACCGCUUAG